AUGCCAAAUCCUGCUAAAGCAAGUCAACGAGAAAAAGAAAUUGAUGCCGCUAGAUAUAAAGGAAAUUGGAAUGUAAUUCCCGAGCUUGCAAGGAAAUAUCGUAAACAUAAUCCUGCAGGAAUAGUUCUUGAACAAACUGUGUUGGCAGAAUUAGCAUUAGUUCAAGUAAUUGAUAAAGAACAAAUAAAAAAUUUCAAUCCAGAGAAUUAUUAUAGUGACACGUCCUCAAAAAUAUCGAUAAAGCCUCCAAUUGAAGAAUCUUUGAUAAAAGAUGUAUUUAAUAAAUUAGAAAUGGCAUUGUCAGAAGCUAAAGGUCAAGAUAAAGUUAUUAAAAGUAUACUUCUAUAG